GUCACCGUCGCAGCCACUAUAGCCACUUCUAUAAAUAGUACUUGCAACUGUGCGGAGACGUUGACUAUCGCUUGGACAUUCCCUGGUCCUGUUUCGUCUCUAUACCUAGCGUUCUUGCCUGUGCAAGUAGUUUCAUCUUCCAAAUCAUCUAACUAUUAAGAUGACAGGAGCUGUGUCUUUUGGAUUUUUUGCCUUCGCGCUGACAGUGACAAGCUGUUUGGCGGCCAUCAGUGAGGUUAAAACCAACAACCCCGUUACGCAGAAGCCUGGUCGUUUCCUCAGCUUGCCUGUCGCUCAGAAAUGUAGUCAAAGACCGAAAGAAUUCACGUACAAAGGACGCAAUUACUUCUACAGUGGACACACACAACAAUACAAAACAUCCAAAGUAGAUUGGUUAGAAGCAAGAAAUAUCUGCCGAGAAUACUGCAUGGACCUCGUAUCGAUUGAAACUCAAGAAGAAAACAAUCUCAUUUUCCGACUGAUCCAACAAAACGAUGCUCCGUACAUCUGGACCAGCGGUCGGCUUUGCGACUUCAAGGGCUGCGAGAACCGUUCGGACCUGGAGCCGAAGAACGUGAACGGAUGGUUCUGGUCGGCCACCCGAGGCAAGAUACCGGCCACCAACCAGACAGCGGAAGGCUGGACUUACAGGCCGUGGAGCAAGAGCGGUCACAAGAAGGUACCGCAACCGGACAACGCAGAGUUCGACAUCAACGGCACGGUGGAGUCGUGCCUGAGCGUGCUGAACAACGUGUACGGCGACGGUAUCGCGUGGCACGACAUCGGUUGCUAUCACGAGAAGCCGUUCGUGUGCGAGGACAGCGACGAGCUUCUCAACUACGUGGCCGCCACCAACCCGGGACUCCAACUCUGAGAUCGCCACCCAAACACCGCCAACAAAAAUCACCGCCUCCCUAUCACCCAGUCAUUCCGAUUCCCAUCUUCCACCCACACACCUACACGCACGACAUGACAGACGUCCCACGCGAUCUAUAAUAUUAUAACAUUUCCCUAUAGGUACACCAAACGGCGGCGGUCGUGUACCCCCGAUAACGGUAAUUAUAUAUUGUCGACCCUGCGAAUUCAAAUCGCGGAUAUCCGUGGUUAGAGGGCACAGGCGACCGUAUACUAUUAUAGUGUUGUAGUUUAUUAUCGGUGGUCAUUCGGUCUCCGACUAAUUAUUAUUGCAGACUAUCCAUCAGCGAUGUUAGAAAAGUAGUCAAGAUUUCGUAUCAUCAGCGAGUCUGAGGUCCAUCGUGUACAAUCGUUCAACGAAACGAAAUGUUAUUCUAGUUUUCUGAUUUCUUUCCGUCCAUAUUUUAAGAAAUUAAACUAUUUUAGCACACAUAUUAUAAAUCAUAUUGCAUUUAUUCGGAGUUCUCUAUAUUUAAACAAUGCAGUUAUAGGACGCAGGAAUCCGCAGACGUCUGUCCGUCAUAAUAGCGUGUAUAAUAUUAUAGUAGUCGUGUGUCAAGUCGUUCAAGUCUCCGUCGACCUGUAGGGCGCAUUAAAAAUGUUAUCGAACCUACCUAAAACAUACAGUCAAAUACGACGCGCUUCUUUUCGCGUUUCACUCCUCCCCCCCUCCCCCGGCCAUCAAUCCAUAAUCGUUGUUCAUCGUCUCAUAAUUUUCCAUAUUUUUAUAAUACCAUAUUUAUAUUAUCAUACACGCAUAUUAUUAUAUGUCUUAAGUUUAAUUAUUAUUAUUAUUUUUUUAUUUUACUUUUUAUAACUGAUGUGUUUCGGUUCACUAGAAUUUAUGCGCGAUCACAAUCGCAUUUAAGUAUCAUUCGUUUUUAUAAUAUUUAACUACUGUUUUUCGUAUGAAUAAACGUUCGGAUGAUACACA